AUCGGUUGUAUUUUUUCCCUCCCCAAAUUUUCUCUAUAUCCACCAAAAAUUAAAAUAAUAUAUAAGUAUAUAUAGAAAAUUUUCCAUUACUGUUAAAUGUUUCCCAUUCUCAACCACACACCGCCAUACUCUCAACCACAUGCCACCACCGGUACGCUCCGAUGACCACACACGCCACGCCACCAGCUCCGACGACCACACACGGCACGCCACCAGUAGCUUCGACCAUACACCACCAGUAUCUCCGACCACACACCACCAGUAGCUCCGACCACACACCAUCAAUUUGAUUUUAGUUUUCAAUUUGCACUUUAAUUUUUGAGCUAAUUUACGAUUCUUCUUUAAUUUGGUGAUUUUAAGGUUAAUGUAUUCUUCUAGUUGAUAAUUUUGACCUAAUUUUAUGAGUUUCUAUUUUGGGGUUUUUUAUUAGCGGAUGCUCCUUUAUGAUUUGAAAAUGAGUUGGAAAUCAGAAAUCCAAGUCAAGGAUCUUGAAAAAAAAGGAUCGUUGGUAUAUAUAGUUGUUUCGAUUGCCUCUUAUCAUGUAUUUACUGUUAGUUUUGAUAUUGAUGAUUGUAGAGUAACACCAUAUUGUUCUUUUUUGGUCCUAAUCUUUCUGUAGUAUUAUCUUUUUUUGUGAUGUUUAAUGUUUUGGUUCAUAUUUUCAAUAGCUUAGGUUUUAAAAUAAUUUCAUCUAAUGUUAUCUAUUGAAGAAAAAAGAUUAUUGGUAUAUAUAGUUGUGUCGACAUACUUAUAUCAUCGCCAUAAAGAGGAACUCUAUUUGAUUCAGUGGAGGCAUUAUUUCUUUCUCCCUUAUCUUGAUGGUGUAACUACUAUUAACUUAUAGCUGCUGCUGUCAGUCAUGCUGCUAAUUGCAUGUUUAAACUCUGUCCAUAUUUAUUUGUUAUUUCAGUGUAUCUUUUAGGUACUGGAAGUUGUCUCUUGUGGUAUAUCAUGAUAAGUGCACUCAUCCUGAAGCUCGCCAAGCAUUCAUCAAGCUGAACAAAGACUUUAAAGUUUGCAAGAUCCAGCUAAAAUCGUUGGAAUUCUCGAUAUUAGUAGGGAAGCCUGGAUUCAUCGAGAGGACUGGAUUAGAAAUGGGAUUCACAUUGGCAGUGGUAGAAAAUACAAGGAUUCAUAUUAUCUUCAAGCAUAAGCAAUGUGCUAUUUGAAUUUAUAAGAGCUUUCUACAGACUUACGAGAUUUGAGAAGGAGACUGGGCGUGCUAGCUUAUCUUGAAGACAAAGGUACCGAAAGCCUCCUCCAUCCCUCCGAACUCAUUUGUCUCUACAAGCUUUAAAGAAGACAUCUCAGGAAGAUCCAACUGCUUGUUUGCGAGCAGGUGCACUUAUGAUUGUGCUUUCGUAUCUUGAUUUCUUUUCCACUGGUGUUCAGAGAGUAGCACUGGCAACUGCUACUAAUAUGUGCAAGAAGCUGCCUUUGGAUGUUGCUGACUUUGUGAUGGAAGCUGUUCCACUGUUGACUAAUCUCCUCCAGUAUCAUGAUGCACAGAAGAAGUCACCUGGAGAGUCCCUAACUUGGGAAGACCUUGGCAAGAUCAAGUACACCUGGAGAGUGGCAAUGGAGACACUCAGAAUUUUCCCUCCGAUUUUCGGAGGCGUCAGGCAGACUGUAAAAGGCACCAAGUAUGAACGCUACCUCAUUCCGAAAGGAUGGAAAGUAAGAUCAACAACCCCAUUUUUAAAAUCUUCUAUUCUUCAACCUGUCAAUUUUGGUAGUACUCUGUUGUUUUCUGAUUGUCAGUAGUCCACAUUUAACCACUGCUUAAACAUGCUAAAACAAAUGCUUAAUGUCAUGGAGAGAACAAAUGCUUAAUAUCUUGAUAUCCAGUUCCACUUCCUCAUGAGUUUUCUUUCUUCAGGUUCUAUGUGAGAGACAUUUUUGUAGAAUCAACUAAUCUGUUAGUGGAUUUGGAGAGAUUGCCAAAUCCUUAGCAAAAGGCUUGGGUGAUCAUAGAAGUUAGAUACUUUAUAGGGCAAAUGUCACAAGUAUCAUUUUGGACAAUGGCAAAGCUAUGAGUCUUCUGUCGUAGGACGUGUUUGAAACUUUUGUUGAGAGUGAUUAUUCCAAUUAUAAGAUGCGAAAGCUGUAGUCUGAAGUUUGCUUUGGAAUGUUUUAGCUGACACUAUCUAGACAUACUAGGACUCGUGUUUCACUCAUUAAUAACACUGGUCAUAUCUUCUUUC